AUGUCCCAACACGAUCCCCACCUGCGCUCCGUCAUCUAUCGAUUCUACCCAACCGAAGAAGAACUCAUUUUGUUCUACCUCUCGAACAAGCUCCAGAACCGAAGAACACAUGAUCUCCACCGCGUCAUCCCCACCGUCAAUGUCUAUGAACACAAUCCCUCUCACCUUCCAAGGUUAGCCGGAGAGUUAUGCCGACGGGACACUGAGCAGUGGUUCUUUUUUGUGCCAAGACAAGAAAGGGAAGAACAAGGAAGACGGCCUAGCCGGACCACAGCCUCUGGCUACUGGAAAGCGACUGGUUCACCGACGUAUGUCUAUUCAUCAGAAAACAAAGUGAUUGGAGUGAAGAAAACGAUGGUGUUUUAUGAAGGGAAGUCGAAUAAAGUGAAGAAAACCGAAUGGAAAAUGAAUGAAUAUCGAGCCAUUGAAGAAGACGUUGGUGGUACCAACGCUGUCCCCAUUAGAAAGCUACGGCACGAGUUGAGCUUAUGCAGAGUUUAUGUGGUAUCAAGAACUAGACGAUCAUUCGAUAGGCGGCCAUCCGGGAUAGGGUCAACAGAGAUGGUCAGACCCGAGGCGAGUAGGGGCGCAUCAACUUCAAGAAACAUUAUAAAUCCUACAAACAUAUAAGUCAACGAGCAGUUCAAUAGCUAAUGUCAACCAUCAAAAGGUUUAAUAUAGUGGAUAAUGAAGGAGUCGUAGAAACAAUUUGGUGGUUGAAAUUAAGUAAUAUAUAACAAUAAAUAAAUGAAUUCCGCGUAGAUCAAAA